AUGGCGACUCCCUUGCAGUUUGCCCCAUUCGCAUCCGAGAUUGAGCUGCCAUUCUACUCGGCGCUCUUUGCGUCUAAGCUCGACUAUGACAAGCUCGACGACUCGGCGCGCGGGAUUCUCGGACUGUACGAGCCACGAGCGGAGCUACCAGAAGCGAGCAGCAAGAUGCAGAUACUGGGCAAUGCCCUGACCAGCAAAACUGCGCCGCUGGGCACGGCUAGAGCUGAAGGCAUCAUACGAAACGUAAACACACUUGAAGAUUUCAGGAACAUGGACAAGACUGCCAUGCUUAAGACUGCAGGGCGUCAGAUCUGGGAUGCCAUUAACGAUGGCACCAUCUACUCUGUCCCCUCUCUACUCGCCUCGUUCGUCAUCCUCUCCUAUGCCGACCUAAAGAAAUAUAAAUUCACAUACUGGUUCGCCUUCCCGGCGCUUCAUUCGGACCCGACUUGGCACCGUGCAGGCCCCAGCGAACGCCUCACGCCUGACGAGACGACGGCCCUGGUCGACCGUGUGGGCACGUGGCGCUACUCAGUCGAUGGCCGCGAACACGGCUUCUUCCUCGCGAAGAAGGUUCAAGGUCCCGAGAGCGCCAGCCACGACGAAUACGCAGAUGAUGCCGAAGAGAUGGAGCCCGACGCAGAAGCUGAAACGGCCGCCAGAAAACUGCCAUACCACUGGAACGUGGGCUCGCUACGCCGUUUCGAAGAGGGUUUCUUCAGUAAUGUGCCAGAAGAGGACCAAUAUAUCUGCUUCGUGGAUGGAUCGACACACGCUGAGGGUCCCUCCUGGCCCCUGCGCAACCUUCUUGUGUUGAUCCGCCAGCGGUAUCGCCUCACCAAGGUCAAGAUUCUCUGCUACCGAGACACGCGCGCAAGACGGCACGAGGCCCGGAGUGUCAUCCUAUCCCUGGAAACGGACGCGGCCGGCGGCACACCGAUGAAGGAGAUGCCUAAGGUAACGGGCUGGGAGCGCUCCCGCAACGGCAAACUCCAGGCGCAGCAGGCCAACCUGGGCGAAUACAUGGACCCGGCGCGGCUGGCCGACUCGUCCGUGGACCUCAACCUCAAGCUGAUGAAGUGGCGGCUAGCGCCGGACCUGGACCUCGAAGGCAUCAAGAGCACCAAGUGCCUGCUGUUGGGCGCAGGCACGCUUGGCGGGUACGUGUCGCGCAACCUUCUCGGCUGGGGCGUGCGCAAGAUCACCUUCGUCGACUACGGCCGCGUCUCGUACUCGAACCCCGUGCGGCAGCCGCUUUUUGAGUUUGAGGACUGCGUCGGCGGCGGCAAGCCCAAGGCCGAGACGGCCGCCGCCAUGCUCCGCCGCAUCUACCCGGGCGUGGACGCGCAGGGCCACGCGCUGUCGGUGCCCAUGCUAGGCCACCCGUUCACGGACGAGGCACGCACCAAGGCGGACAUGGAGAAGCUCAAGGCGCUGAUUGACGAGCACGACGUGAUUUUCCUCCUCAUGGACACACGCGAGUCGCGGUGGCUGCCGACUGUCAUGGGCAAAGCCGCGGGCAAGAUUGUCAUGAAUGCGGCGCUUGGGUUUGAUUCCUACGUAGUUAUGCGACAUGGUGCAGAGACGAUGGAAGAGGGCCAUGUGCCUCUGGGAUGCUACUUUUGCAACGACGUGGUUGCACCAGCAGACUCCAUGAAAGACUCAACCCUCGACCAGCAAUGCACCGUGACCCGCCCCGGCGUCGCCGGCAUCGCCUCGGCGCUGCUCGUCGAGAUGCUCACUAGUCUUUUGCAGCACCCGCUCAAAAACGCCGCGCCGGCGCCCUCCCAGCCCGCGUCGUUGGCCGAGCGCGACCCGCCGAACCACCCGCUCGGGCUCGUGCCGCACCAGAUCCGCGGGCACGUGUCGACCUUUACGAGCCUGUCGAUCCGCGGGCAGAGCUACGACUGCUGCAGCGCGUGCAGCCCGCGCGUGCUGGCCGCGUACCGCGCCGACGGCUGGCAGUUUCUGCGGCGCGCCCUGCAGGAAAAGGACUAUGUCGCCGAGCUCUCGGGCCUGGCCGAGGUGCAGCGCCGCGCCGAGGAGCUCUCUGGCGACUUGGACUGGGACGAGGAGGACGAGGGCGUGGCGGGCAAUGAUGAUGGCGAGGGCGAGCUGCUGUGA